UAGAAGUGAGAGUUCAUGAUUGUAUUGCGCUAAUACAGAGUUACAGGUUAGGAGUGAAUUAGAACAGUUUCUGUUAAAACAGUGUCCGUUAAUAUAAGCGUUUAAAAACAAAUACAGAAUUUAAGCUGAAAAUGCUGCGGCUCCGAGCUAAAGGGAACACAGAUGAGGAAUGGCCCCCUCCGCCUCCUCCCAUAAUAGACGACAGACCGCCGGUUUGUACAUCCAAGCUACAUCAGCUGUCUACAACUGGCACCGUUGUAGCUGUUAUAUCUGUCACCAGCCUCAUCUACAUCAUAGCACUCUUAUUGAACAACAGGCUACCCUUGCCUCUCAAUAUAUCCGACGAAACAUUUAAUCCUGAUAGGUUUAUAGCAGAGAGAGCGAGAAGUAUACUGGAAGAACUGGCAGACCUCGGCCCCAAAGUGGCUGGGAGCUAUGUCAACGAAGUGUUGGCAGUGCAUUAUUUGACGGUUCAAAUAAACUAUACAAUCAAUGAAGCUAAUCCCAUACACAAGAUUUCCUAUGACCUCCAGAGGCCUACUGGUGCCUUCAGCAUCCCCCACAAACUGAAUGAAGUCACGUACCACUACAACGGAGUCCAGAACAUUGUGGUGAAGAUCGGACCUAACACUCCUGUCAAUGGUAGUCUACUUGUCAACUGCCACUUCGAUUCAGUACCCACCAGUCCAGGUGCCAGUGAUGAUGGACUCAACUGCGCUGUGAUGCUGGAGGUUUUGCGAGUUAUCUCUCGCCAGAGCACUCCUCUGCAGCAGAACAUCAUCUUUCUGUUCAAUGGAGCAGAGGAGACACCUUUAAUGGCGUCUCAUGGGUUCAUAACCCAGCACAAAUGGGCUCCCGAGGUUCGAGCCUUUAUUAAUCUUGAAAGUGCUGGAGCUGGGGGCAAGGAAGUGCUUUUCCAGUCAGGCCCUAACCACCCUUGGCUUGUACAGCUUUAUGCAGAGUCAGUGCCAUUUCCAAGUGCCAAAGUGUUGUUUGAAGAAAUUUUUCACUCAGGAAUAAUUCCAUCAGACACAGAUUUCAGGAUAUUCCGGGAUCAUGGUCAUAAACCUGGUCUGGAUUUCGCACACUGCAAGAACGGAUAUGUGUACCACACUAAAUACGAUAGCCAGGACAUGAUUCUGCUGAGUGUGUACCAGCACACAGGUGACAAUCUUCUGGCUCUGGUGCGCCACAUUGUUGCAUCCGAACAGAUCAAGCGACCAACGGAGUACAAGGGUGGGCGACAGGUCUACUUUGACGUUGGAGGGCUCUUCAUGGUUCAGUACUCGGAGGUGGAGGGCAUCGUCCUCAACCUACUCACCGUCCUAUUAUCCUUCUACACAGUUGUCAAGAACACUCUUCUCCACACUGCCGAACCAGCUCCAAACCAAACAACAAAGUGUUUUUGCAUGCAGCGCCAGGCGGUCUGUCGUCACCUCGCGAUGGCUGUGCUAGUCCCUGCACUAGGAAUGGUUCUAGCUGUCACCAGUGCGGUGGCCAAUGCUAUAUUCCUCGACAGCGUGCACUGUCCCAUGUCCUGGUACACACACAGCUCGCUGGUAUUACCCUUGUACUUCCUGCCGUCGCUGUUUGCUCUGGCUGCACCCCUCUACGUCUUCACUGCCUGCAAGUCUAAUAAGCUGUGUGAUGGAAUACAAGCUCAGAUGUACUGCAAUGGUAUCCAGAUGAUCUGGAGUGUGCUGUUGUUGCUGGCCACUGUCGCUGGCAUCCGCUCAGCCUACAUACUCAUGAUAGUGGUACUCAUACCUGGACUUGCCAACUUCCUAUUGCUGUUGUGCAAGAGGAACCGCUCAGUUCCGGUGUGGCUGUGUGGUUUCUUGGCCAGUGCCCUGUUCCCAGCCUUCUACACCAUCUACCUGAGCAUCCUGUUCAUGCAAGUGUUUAUCCCAGUUACGGGCAGGAUGGGAGCUGACACUAACCCGGACAUCAUCAUCGGUGUCCUCUCCUCUGUGUUGUGUGUAGUCACAACCAGUUACUUUGUCCCUCUGAUCGUGUUGGUGCGGAAACCAUGGGCUGUGUUUUUCUCCAUGUUCCUGCUGUGUGUAGCCGGAGUACUGACUGCUCUGUAUACCUCCGUGGGCUUCCCUUACCUCAACAGCGCCACUGGGCCCACACCCCAGCGUAUUAUGGUGGUGCAUUCAGAGCAAACUUAUCAUGGUAGUUCAGGAUUUGUGAGAAAGAGCGAGUCUGGAUUUUAUAUAGUCAAUCUGGACCGACGGGUUUAUGAGAUCGACAAAGUAAUGCCAGAAAUGGCUGAAGCACAAGAUAUCUCAUCAAUCUGUGAAGAGCUCUUCUGUGGUGUUCCAGUGUUUUCAUGGAAAUUCAUGUUAACUAAGGAAUCCAAAAAUAUAAGGUGGAUAAAAGCUGAUUCACCAGUGAUAUACGAUCAAACAUUUUUGGAAUUCACUGGAUACAAAACUGUAAGCAAGAGAGAAGAAACACAUGAAAUCAGAAGACUGCAUUUCAAUGUGUCAGGGCCAGACCACAUGCACCUGAUAGUGUGGCCGAAGCCAUCAGUCACACUGGUGGGCUGGUCUUUCACGGACUCACUGCCCUCUCACACCGCUAUAUGGGAUGGGAGACCUGUCUAUGUCAUCAACUGUGUCCGGGGGUACUCGCCAGCUCAUCUGGAGGUCCACUUCGAUCUUCAGGUUGAAGCUGAGGUGCAAGUUCCAUUCGCUGUGUUUACAGCGAUUGGACACUACCUACAUGAUGAGUUGUACUUCACACAUCAGAUGAAAAAUUUCCUGUCCCGAUUCCCCUCCUGGAGUGUUGUCACCCCAUGGAUCACACAACUCAUCCAGAAAGAGUUUUAGACUUGCCAAGACUGGGAUCGUAGUUUUAGACUUAUAAAUAUGUGUAUAGAACUACAGAUAAAAAUCUUGUAGAACAGUCCAACCCACCAAUUUUGUGAUAUCUCUGAUUCUUGAGUUGCUAAAACGCUGCGUGCUCAAAUUUUGCCCCAACGAGGAUCUGAAUUAGACAUAUAGAAUAUAUAUAUAUAUAUAUAUAUAUAU